AUGGACAGCCCCCUCCCGCAGCCGCGCAGGCGCAGGCCCGUCGUCCUGAUCGCCUCCUGCGCGCUGAUCCUCCUCGCCACCGCCCUCCUCCUCCCGCGCGCUCCCGCCGUCCCGCCGCUGACCCCGGCCGUCCGCCUCGACCCGCGGGUCGCGCGCAGGAGCGGCAACGAGGUGCUGUGGCAGCUGCCGCCGGGCCCGCCGCGCGCCGCCGUGUUCGUCGCCCCCGGGUGCACCAUCCGCGCCACCGACUUCUUCGACGCCUCCCCCGGCUGCCCGCGCUGCGCGGGGCUCCCCGAGGAGCGCCGGUUCACGCGCGAGGCGCUCCGCCGAGGCUACGCCGUCCUCGCCGUGUCCAGCCGCGCCGAGUGCUGGUCCCUCGACGCCGCCUCCGCCUCUGGCGACGGCAGCGAGCUCGCCGCCGUCGGUUCCGUCAUCGAAUGGUGGGUCAAGGAGCAGCACCCCGAGCUCGGCGGCCUCCCGCUCGUCGGCAUCGGCGCGUCGUCGGGCGGGUACUUCCUCUCCGCGCUGGCGGCGAGGGUCAGGUUCAGCAGCGUCGCCAUCGUGAUUGCCGAGGGCGUGUUUGCCGCCAUGGAGGAAAUCCCGCCCGGCUACCCGCCGGCGCUGUUCGUGCACAUGCCCAGGGACGCCGACAGGGCGCAGAUGGUGGCGGCAAGCAUAGACAAGCUCAAGUCAAAGCACGUUGAUGUGCGGGAGAUCCAGUGCGACGCCUUUGCCGUGAGUGCCGAGUUCUUGGCGGCGAGGAUCCCGGGGUUGACUCCCACCGUCGCCGAUGGCCUUGUGGACGUGCUUCGCCACAAGUCCUUCUUGGAUGAGAAGGGGUUUCUGAAGAACGAUGGGAGGAGCACACCGUGGAAGGAGGCGGCGGAGGAAGCCAAGAUCCUGCCGGAGGGGUUCCGGCUGGAGAGGCAUGUCACGGAGGAGUUGAAUAUUGCAUAUGCAUACCAUGAAUUUACCAGCCUGGAGAAUGAAGAGAUCUUCAAAUGGUUCGAUUCCCAUAUGGAUCACAAGAUUUGA